AUGUAUCUCUUUCGCUUAUACAAUGAAGUUGAAUUGGAUUGGAUUAUUUCGGAGGGUCCUUGUUAUUUUAAUUCACACCUGUUGGUUUUCCAUCGUCUGGCUGAACGGGAAGAUCCCAUGCUGGCGCCUUUAAACAAUCUGGAUUUAUGGGUUCUAAUCAAUGGUCUACCCGUAGGGUUUAUUUUGGAACGGGUGACGAGACAAUUAGGGAAUUUUGUUGGUACUUUUAUUGAGUAUGACGUUGAUGCAGUUUUUCUGAGGUACAGCGGCAACAUUCGAGUGCGUGUGAGUAUUGAUGUUCGGAAGGCUCUAAAAAGAAAGAAAAAGUUGGCCAAACCCUCUGGUUCAAACACUAAUGCUAUGUUUCAGUACGAAAAGUUGAAGCUUUCUUGUUUCCUCUAUGAGAAACUAGGACACGGUGAGAGUUUCUGCCCAUUGCGUGUGCUACAAGAGAAGAAAAUCCUGAUCACUUAG